CUUUGCUACCACCAUUCUCUUUACCGAUGAAACCAAGUGCUACAUAAUAUCGGUGGAGGCGGGGCCGGUAUUCACAUGCUAGUUUAAAUUGCCGACCCCGUCUCGGACCCGGGGGAUCCACGACAGCGGCUCUACAGCGAACGUCUUGCAUGGGGUCCAGUUUCUCCUCCAACAAGGCCAUUGUCCACGAAAAACGUGUUGAACGUGCUCGUCUUUUGGAGGAGGUGGAGAGCUCCUCUGGCAAGAGCAGUGAUUGUGAGAAGUACUUGCAGGCGACCGCUUGCGACAUCGUAUCUCGUAUCGAGAGCGGAGAAUGGACCGCAACUGAGGUCCUCGAAGCGUACAUCGCGCAGGCCGUUGAGGCUCAGGCGGCGACGAAUUGCUUGACAGAAGUCAUGUUCAAGGACGCGCGUGCACAGGCUAAGGACCUUGAUGCUGAGUUCGCAGCUACCAAGAAGAUCCAUGGGCCCCUGCACGGAGUUCCGUUCAGUGUAAAGGAUCUCUAUAGAGUCAAGGGUUACGACACAACGAUUGGCUUCACUCAGUGGGCUAACGAUCCAGCAGAGGAGAACGCAGCGCUCGUCGACCAUAUUAUCGCUGCAGGAGGCAUUCCGAUGGUCAAGACAAACGUUCCCCAGACUAUGCUUUCCUUUGAAUGCAAUAACCCCUUGUGGGGACGCACUACCAACCCAUACAACCCAGGUUACACUUGUGGUGGUAGUUCUGGAGGCGAGGGGGCUAUUAUCGCCAUGGACGGCUCUGCUUUGGGCAUAGGCUCUGACAUUGCCGGAAGUCUACGCAUCCCCUCUGCAUACUGCGGUGUUUACUCUCUCAUGCCGUCCGUCCCUAGGGUCUCUACGUUUGGAUGUAGAGGGCCCGAUCCCGGUUUUGAAGGACUGAUAGCAAUCAAUGGGCCCAUGGCUAGGUCGGUCGAAGAUUUGAAGCUCUUCUGUCGCACCCUGUUCGGUAUGCCAGAUGCCAUUUCACAUGUUCCUCCUAUGCCCUAUCGGGAGCCCAAUUUGCCCGAGAAGCUCAAAUUUGGCUAUUAUACGUCAGAUGGAUUUGUUAAAUCCUCUCCGGCUAAUAAACGUGCAGUUUUGGAAACUGUCAGCGCGUUGCGAAAGCAUGGCCAUGAGUGCAUUGAGUUUGAGCCUCCUAAUGUACAUGAAGCAUUACUAGCAUUUGUUGCGCUUAACUCUUCAGACUCGUACAGAAACAUGCUAAGCAAUCUUGGUCCCGAUGCUCUGGACGAUACACUUAAAUUGGUCGUCUAUGGCUCAAGAGUUCCAUACCCGCUGAAAGCUUUUGCUCACCUUAUCGUUUCCAAGAUCCUGGGGGAUUGGAGGGCCGCAGACAUCCUCCUUGUUGCAGGCUCCAAGUCAUAUUCUGAAUACAGCAAAUGGACUCGAAAGAAGCAGGAUUACAACCGAAUGUUCUAUAUGAAUGUCUGGAACAGGUAUGGGUUCGACGGGAUCAUAGCUCCGGUUCAGGCCCUUCCGCAGUUGCCUGAGGGUGGUGCGACAAGGCUUUCUCCUCUGGUCAUGGGCACUGUACUUUACAACAUCGUCCAGAGCAGUGCCGGGUGCAUUCCUGUGACGCGGGUUGACCCUGAGAAGGACGGAUUGACGGAAGAGUGGACGCGCUCAUCUGACAAAGUGAGCAUCCUGGAGGAUCAGCUUUAUAGAUGGAAGAAGCCAUUCUAUGAUCCCAUGCCUAUGAAAGGCAUGCCGGUGGGUAUACAGGUAGUAGCGAAGAAGUGGGAGGAGGAGAAGGUGCUGGCAAUGAUGAGUGUCGUCGAUAAAGCUUUGGGGGAGGACAGAGGAUUUGGGCCAGGAGCUUGUAGGUUUCCACAAACCUUUUAAAGGUAACGUUAUUUAAUUCUCUUUGAUAAUUAAAUAAUGGAUGUACGUGUAGUAAUUCUUUGUGUCCGUUGUUUCUCAUUUCUCAUCAGACACGGUCGGGAUUUUGUUUAGCCGGAGAUUGCCUAAAGCCCAUCCUACAGGACUCAAGCGUAC